UUUUUGUUUAGGAAUCUCUAAUAACAGGAAGAAGUCACACAUUUACUUUGGUCACAUUUAAUCUCAAGUGCUCUUCAGCAAAACGGAUUUGAACUCUUUAUGAAGGCCUGGAUGUUUGUGUUGUGACUUCUGGACACAAGGGACCUUCACAUCUGGAUCAAGUCUUGAACUGCAAAUACUCGUUAUGUUAGCCGAGGGCUUCAUUAGUAUGAUUGGUUAUAAGGAAGGUGACACCACAUCUCUCAAGAAAGCCGGGAAGAGCACCAAACCCAAACGAGAAUCCUGGAAAGCUAAACUAAGCCACCUGAAAUUUCCCAAGAAAUUUGCAGAGCCUGUGCAAGCACAGAGAAUAGAAGACCCAUCAUCUGAACAGGCUUAUGACCAACUUCCUCUAAAGAUAUGUGAUUCUUCUCAUCAAAACGUACCAUCCGUUGCCGUGCCUAUUCCACUUUGUGCUCAAGACAGCGAUGAUGACGGACUAGAGCUUUACCGCUCUUUAUCUGGCACUAGUAUUUACAAAAAUUACCCUGACCUUCAGAUUGGUGGAGACCAUAUUGGUAACAUUAGCUCUGAAAGCUCCGGACUAGCAGAAUGUGAGACAGGCCAUGGACCACUGCUUCAUUCGAGAGAUCUAGAGGAAUUAAUUUUAGAAUUACCCCACCUCAGCGAGAAAAAGAAAGAUGAGGAAGAUAUUAUCCUGGAGGAAACUGAACAACACAACCUCUUAAGUUCUGAUUGUAGCAUCGGCUUACUUCAGGAGCCCCUUUCAAAUUCUGUUCUUAACAGUUACCUUGAGAAGAAGGUACUAGAAUUAUAUAAACAGUACUUAGAAGAUAGCAUGACUAAGAAUGGCUCCCCCAGUUUGACGCUGGAGUCCAGUUUUAUCUUACAUAGCGUCAACCAAAUUGGUCUGCAGAUGUCCAGUGAAAAGAAAAUAGACACCUCCAAGGCUCAGAGCAUUGUUCUCAACUACAUUGUCAGCACAAUCAGUGGUAACAGUUCUGACUUUAGUACACCUAAUCUACAUUUCUCUAAUAUGGAACAAAAAAAGUUUUCAGAAACUUCCAAACAAUGUCCCUGACAUAUUGUCUAGCUCUAAAGAAGUCUGUGGAUGAUACCAUAACUGCCUGUCUGGUAAUGCACAGGCAUCGUGAGAGUUAAAUAAAAAACAGAGCUGGGUUGAGUGAUGCCUUUGCAUACGUCCUCAAAAUUGCUCAUCUCAAAGACAGCAGCAUUUUGCAAGGAAUAUCUGAGUGAGAUGUAGAGGUUCAAAAAUAGAGCAAGUAAAUAACUCAGAGAAAUAUGAUGAAGGUGAAACACCAAAAAUGAUCUGCCUAGUCAGAGUGUAGCAAAGCAACAAUAAGUUAGGCAGGAGGCGGCAUGCACAGAAUGAAAUGCUGAUGGUCAUUCUCAGAAAAGAUGAGGUUGGCUGAGCAUCAACUAACAUCACCUCCUUGUAUGAUUUAGUGUGCCUUCUUACUUCCAUGAUAUUCAGUGAGGCCUAGUAGAGGCUGUUCUGGACAGCAAAUCACAAGGUGGCUCGUUCAGCCAUUAUGGUACCACUGCCUAAUGGUGCAACCUUAAGCAAGUGCUCCAGGCAAAUAUAACUUUGGAUGAUCUCUACAAAGCAUGGUUUGAUGAUACUCACAAUGAGAAGACUACGUAACUUCACUUGUUUAGAUAAAUAGGUCUCCCUUUGGGAGCUGCAGUGCUGGGUGGUCCCUAUGGGUGGCAGCACUGCAUGGCUGCUUCAGAAGGUUGAAGGUGAGAAGUAAUUCAAACUAUAUAACUCUUGCUUGACCUCAAUUUAAUGUUACUUUAAAAGUGUGUCAUUAAUGUUUCCAGUCUUCAUAAGACUCAUCUUCUACUUGCGUAAAAUGAAUUACUUGCAUAUGUAAUA